GGUAUGCCCGAGCCCGCCAAGUCCGCGCCGGCCCCGAAGAAGGGCUCCAAGAAGGCGGUGACCAAGGCGCAGAAGAAGGACGGCAAGAAGCGCAAGCGCAGCCGCAAGGAGAGCUACUCGGUGUACGUGUACAAGGUGCUGAAGCAGGUGCACCCCGACACGGGCAUCUCGUCCAAGGCCAUGGGCAUCAUGAACUCGUUCGUCAACGACAUCUUCGAGCGCAUCGCGGGCGAGGCGUCGCGCCUGGCGCAUUACAACAAGCGCUCGACCAUCACGUCCAGGGAGAUCCAGACGGCCGUGCGCCUGCUGCUGCCCGGGGAGCUGGCCAAGCACGCCGUGUCCGAGGGCACCAAGGCCGUCACCAAGUACACCAGCUCCAACCACAGGAGGAGAAGAAGGCUGGCUCAGCACCCCGAGUCCAACCUUCUCUGUCACGGGCGAGUCCCCUCCGAGCCGUCCACCUGUCCUGUCUCCAGCCCCGGCCCCCCAGCUCAGUGAUCCCGGAGAGAAGACCCGACACCCGGGCUCAGAGAGCGGAGAAGAGCAGGACGUGCGUUUUAACAUUGUGA